AUGUUGAAUACCGCCAUACAAAGCAUUCGUAAUGUGGUUAGGUAUGUAAGAUCUUCCCCUCAAAGGUUGGAGAGCUUUAAAAGGUGUGUUGAGAAAGUGAGAAUAGAAAGCAAGGGGUUUGUGAUUUUAGAUGUCCCUACUAGGUGGAAUUCCACAUUUUUAAUGUUGGAAUCGGCUUUGAAGUUCAAGAUGGCUUUUGAUAGGUUGAAAGUAGAUGAUGGUCAUUACCUUCCUUACUUUACUAAAGAAAAUCAUGAUAAUAUAAGGGAAGGGCCACCUUCGACUCAUGAUUGGAGUGAGGCGGGAAUAUUUGCAUCCUUUUUGAGACCUUUCUUUGAAGUCACUUUAAAAGUGUGUUGUUCUAAUACUCCAACAAUUCAUACUACUUUUGGUGAUUUGUUUAAGAUCAAAAGUCUCCUCCUAGAAAACAAAGGUAAUGAAUUCUUGUCUAUGAUCUUCAUGCUGAUGCAAGAAAAAUAUGACAAAUAUUGGGGUUCAAAUGAUGAUAUGAAUCAAUAUGUUUUUCUUGCACUUGUGCUUGAUCCUCGCCAUAAAUUGGAGAAAGUGGUUGAUUAUUAUGAGAUACUAUAUGGCGAGGACGAGGAAAAAGUUGAAAUUGCAACCAAUGCGGUGAAAGAUUUGUUGUUUGAUCUUUACAAGAUUAAUGAAGAGUUGUCUUUUGAUACACAACAAAGCACAAGUAGUGGUGGUAGUUCUCAAUCAGCAACUACAAGUGGAGAUCCUUUAUCAAGCAUGACAGAGAUUGAAAGAAAGUUGAAAGAGAAAAGUGAAAUAAGAAAAGCAAAGAGAGCCCUUAUUGUGCACAAUGAUUUGGAUAGGUAUCUUUCGGAUCCUAAUGAAGGGGAAGAAGAGGCAAACUUUGAUAUCUUGAAUUGGUGGAGGGUGAAUGGACUUUCUAAGUAUCCUAUUUUGGCACGAGUUGCAAAAGAGAUUUUAGCUAUUCCCGUAUCAACCAUUGCUUCGGAAUCCUCCUUUAGUACAAGUGGACAAAUAAUUGAUCCAUAUCGUAGUUCUUUGAGUCCAAAAAUGGUGGAAGCUUUGAUAUGUACACAAAAUUGGCUUAGGUCAAUUCAUGUAGCAUUACAUCAUGAGCCAACCAUUAGGGAGAUUGAAUUUUGUGAAGAAGUUGAGAAAUGUAAUUUUACUUAUUGCAUUUGGUUUUGUUAG